AUGACUGAAGUGAUAAUUAGAAUUAUGAAAGAUUUCUUAACUAAAAGAGGUCUAUCAUUAAAUGAUAAUAAGACAAAAGUAAUUGAUACAAUGAGUGAAUCAGGGAACUUUACAUUCCUUGGUGUUUCAUUCUAUAGAACUUCGACAAAGAAAGGUCUUAAAUUAGGUAACACUAAAUUAAGUAUCAAAGAUACAAUCGUAUUGAAAGAAGCCGAUCCUAAGAAAGUAAAAGAAUUUAAACUGAAAAUCAAAAACCUCAUUAGAUCAAACUUACAUCUUAAUCUUCCUUCAAUGAUAUCAUUGUUAAAUCCAAUAUUACGUGGAUGA